AUGGAAACCUGCUCCACUAAAGUAAGUGAACGUCUCUCUAAUGCUUGCCCUAUGGCACAGGACCCCCCGGCUAUUGGGGAACCUGUCUUCUGCCACUCUAACAACGACGUCUUCUCUUUUUCCUCCGCGAAUGGCGAUGAAAGCCGUCCAACAAGUUACGCCGAAGUCUCUUCUAAAAACCUGCCAAAGCAACUCUCUACGCUUUCCAUUGCGCAAGAAGCAGCCAAAAUGCUGGACAAAGCGACCCGCGCCGUCAUCGAGAGAUUCCCGGACUCAAAGGACGAUCCAGAACAAGAGAAACGUGACUUUCUUCUCAACAUUCAGCGCAAAGCACGGACUGCCCUCUCCAUCUCAAGCCCACCGCCAUUCGUCUAA